AUGGAGGCCAUUACGAAUACUUUCCAGCGCUGCAAAGCGCAAGGCAAGGCUGCGCUUGUGACAUAUGUUACUGCAGGCUUUCCCAAGCCUCAAGAUACCCCCGAUAUCCUGCUGUCUAUGGAAAAAGGCGGCUCUGACGUUAUCGAGCUUGGAGUUCCUUUCACAGAUCCAAUUGCGGACGGCCCGACUAUUCAAACUGCCAACACAGUUGCGCUUGAGCAUGGCGUCUCCAUCGAGACAACUCUCUCCAUGGUGAAGACUGCCCGUGAGCGUGGCUUACGAGCUCCUGUACUUCUUAUGGGAUAUUACAAUCCGUUGCUACGAUAUGGAGAGGAGCGGCUGCUGCAGGAUUGCCUAGCCGCCGGCGUCAAUGGCUUCAUUGUGGUCGACCUGCCUCCAGAAGAGGCCGUGUCUUUCAGAAAGCUUUGCACGAAGGGCAGCCUCUCAUAUGUCCCACUUAUCGCCCCUGCCACAUCCGAUGCCAGAAUGAAGAUUCUAUGUCAGCUGGCCGACUCUUUCAUCUACGUCGUAUCGAGACAGGGUGUAACCGGAGCAUCGGGUUCGCUGAAUGCCAAUUUGCCGGCCCUGCUUGACCGCGUCAAGAAGUAUAGUGGAAACAAGCCUGCUGCUGUUGGCUUCGGUGUCAGCACCCAUGAGCAUUUCUUAAGUGUAGCCAAUAUUGCAGAUGGAGUUGUUGUUGGAAGUCAAAUUGUCACAACACUGCAAAAGGCUGCAAGCGGUCAGGGCCCCAACGAGGUCGAGAAAUACUGCGCCUAUCUCUGUGGUAGGGACUCCUUACCACAAGACAACGCAACUCGAGAGGUGGGAGUCGUGGAGGCAAUCAAUGCCGCAAAGGGUCCAAGUGGGGAUGGCGUAACAGUCAAUGCUGUCGUGACUGACCAAGAUCGAAUGACUGCAGAGAAGGACAGCGCCCUAGUUGCGCAGCUGGCAGCUCUUCAUGGGAAGAUUCCCGACAGAUUUGGCGAAUUUGGCGGCCAAUACGUCCCUGAGAGUUUGAUGGAUUGCCUUUCUCAGCUUGAAGAGGGAUUUAACAAGAUUAAAGACGAUCCCGAAUUCUGGGAGGAGUACAGAUCAUACUAUGACUACAUGGGUCGACCAUCGCGACUCCAUUUAGCAGAGAGACUGACAGAACAUGCCGGUGGAGCCAACAUUUGGCUUAAGAGGGAAGACCUCAACCACACCGGCAGCCACAAGAUCAACAACGCGCUGGGUCAGUUGCUGCUUGCGAAGCGUCUUGGCAAGACAAAAAUUAUCGCAGAGACUGGAGCCGGCCAACACGGUGUGGCAACAGCAACUAUCUGUGCCAAGUUUGGGAUGGAGUGCACCGUCUACAUGGGAGCCGAGGAUGUUCGUCGCCAAGCUCUCAAUGUCUUUCGCAUGCGAUUACUCGGUGCCAAGGUUGUCGCUGUAGAAGCCGGUAGCAAGACUCUUCGAGAUGCCGUGAACGAAGCAUUACGAGCCUGGGUCAUCGACCUUGAUACCACACACUACAUUAUUGGUUCCGCCAUUGGCCCUCACCCGUUCCCAACCAUUGUCAGGACUUUCCAAUCUGUGAUUGGUAAUGAAACAAAGAAGCAGAUGAUGGAGAAGCGUGGAAAGCUGCCUGAUGCAGUGGUUGCAUGCGUUGGAGGUGGAAGCAAUGCUGUGGGCAUGUUUUAUCCAUUUGCGAAUGACCCUACCGUAAAGCUUCUCGGAGUUGAAGCUGGCGGUGAUGGCGUUGAGACUGAACGACACAGUGCUACUUUGACUGGCGGAUCCAAAGGCGUUCUUCAUGGUGUACGCACCUACGUCCUUCAAGACCAAAAUGGACAGAUUGCCGAGACACAUUCCGUAUCUGCUGGCCUCGACUAUCCUGGAGUCGGCCCAGAACUGAGCUCUUGGAAGGACAGUGAGAGGGCCAAGUUUAUCGCUGCUACGGAUGCGCAAGCCUUCCACGCAUUUAGAAUGUUGAGUCAACUGGAGGGUAUCAUCCCCGCGCUGGAGUCAGCCCACGGAAUAUAUGGUGCUAUUGAAUUAGCCAAGACAAUGAAGAAGGACGAGGAUUUGGUCAUUUGCCUCAGCGGCCGUGGAGAUAAAGACGUGCAAAGCGUGGCGGAGGAACUUCCAAGGCUUGGACCACAGAUCGGCUGGGACCUGCGAUUUUAA